CCUUGUCGUGAAGUGUUGCAAAUAGCCUGUUGUCAAACACGGAACUGGCGCGAUCAUUUGAAAGAGUUCAAUGUCUUUAUUAUUAUUUCCUUACUCUAACAAUCUCCGUUUUACAUAUGUGACUUUUCUUAACUCUCUGGUGAUAACAUGAUGACAGAUGACAGACUGCAUUUUUUACAUUUUAUCGCAAAUCCUCAAAUCAACUUUAAAAGCAUCGGUAUCUAAGGACGCGUUGCAGAGGCUCAAUGGACUCCAAAGACAUUGAACGUGUUUUACUCCUUGAAGAAGAAGUGAAGAGUUUAUCAGAGGAGCUUGCUCAAUGCCAGGCAGACAAGGAGUUUGUGUGGUCACUUUGGAAGCGGCUUCAAGUGGCCAAUCCAGACCUCACCCAGGCAGUUAGUCUCGUAGUGGAAAGGGAGAAGCAAAAAGCUGAGAACAAGGACUUGAAGGUUCUAGAGAUUCUUCAAGCAAAGGACUACAGAAUCCAAGAGCUGGAGCAGAAAGCGACAGCACAAGAGCAGGAGAUAAACAACCAAGUCCAGCGGUUGCGUGGCUGUGAGGAGGAGUGUGGUCUAUUAAAGAAGGAACUGGCAGCUCUGCAGCACCGACUGGGGAAUAAGAGUCGACAACUUAAGGAAGCGAGGAAGCAGGCUGAAAAGAGCGAGAAAGAGGACAGGCGUGCCCUACAGGAAGCCAGGCAGCAAUUAGACGCCCAGCGCUCGGCCUCUCAGGCAGAGCUGGAGAGGUUGCGGGAACAAGAGGCCGCCAGCUGUAGCAGAGUCAAGAAUUUGGAAGAGGAAGUGUUUAGAUGUAGACAGGAAGUGCUAGAGGCUCAAAGUCGCGCAACUGCAUUCUCCCUUCAGGUUACCUCUGCAGAACAAAAAGUCACUGAUAAAGAACAACACCUCGAUCAACUAAAGCGGAAAAUGCAGGACUUGCAGUGUUUGUACAAGCAGAGUGUCGAGCAUGCAGAACAACAGGCCCAACUCAUUCAGCAGCUGGAGGGGCUUAACCUGGACACGCAAAUAGUUUUACGAAGCCAGGAAGAGGCCCACACAGCAGAUGCCAUUUCAUACCAGAAGCUCUACAGCGAGCUGAGCAUGUCAUAUCAGACCCUCCGGCACAGAGAAGAGCAGAGCUGCCAGCGGGAAGCAGACCUCUGCACGCAGCUCAGCCAAAGAGAUCAGCAGGUCCAGGAACUCCAGGCACAGCUGCAGAGUUUCACAGCGGCUGUGGGAUAUCGUGAGGAGGCUGGCCAGAAGCAGGACAAUUCAUCUUUACCCCUCCUAAAUGCACGAGAAGAGCAGCUUUCAGUGGACAUGCGAACCACUAGAGGCCAACAGACAAAACAGCACUCCAGAUCCUCAUCUCCAAGUGGCACUGAUGGAACAGGCAGAGAAGAGCAAAAGAUUCAGCGACUGCAGGAUUUACUUGCGCUUAAGAUCAAAGAGAAUGAGGAUCUUCAAAGGGCUUAUGCCAAACAUCAUGACUGUUUGCGUGUGAUUCAGACCAACUACAGGACAGUGAGGAAGCAGCUGAAAGAAGCUGAGGAUACCAUCUACUUGCUGAGAGGCCAAACACAACUACAACAGACCAGCGAUGAACUGUGGGAGAAACUGGAGUUCUAUAAGGAAGAAAACAAGAAGCUACUUGCUGACAAAGCUUACCUGGAAGAGGAGCUGAACAUUCUGUGUGUGCGGGCAGCCCUGAACAGGGUUACAGAGCAGAACCUACAAGAAGAUAAACAAGAUCUCCUGUUUGAAGAUGUGCAGGAGGAGGAAGAGGUCAGAAGAAGCAGCACCCCCAUUAAGGCAUCCCAAAGAGUGGAACAGACUUUUAAAAAGAUCAAGCGGUUACAGAGUCAGAUGGUUUCUUUGGAGAGUGAGAUCGUGCAGUUGCGAGAAGACAACAAAGCGCUACAGGAAAUGAACAGAGGCCUUGCUGGAGAGAGGGAUGAUCUGCAGGCCAAAGUUCAGCUUCUCCAACAACAUGUGGUUGCCCAAAAGGAGGCAGGCGACGCACAAGCUAGAGGUGAGCGGGACAGGCUCGUGCAGCUUCAGAGCUUCAAGAGAGAUGCAGAAAAUGCAGUCAAAACUGCAAACCAGGCCAGAUGCAGGCUCCUGAAACUAAGACAGGAACUGGGAGUCCUUCGAGCAGAGAGAGAUUUCCAUCGGUCGUCAGCUCUACAAAAGGCGAAGGCCCUCACUCUGACUAACAACAGGUUCCGAUCUAGAACAGCCUGGCUUAAUGCCUCCAGCCGAACACACACACAACCCAAACAUAACAGGAUGGACAGUCCCGCCAAGGACGAUUGGGAGGACAUGAGUGCAGACAGUGAAUAUGAAGAGUUCUCUGACAGUCUGGAGAGUCGAUACACUGCACGGACCAAUCAGGCACCUCCGAAAACGAAGGUCUGCAGGUACGUGUUGAUGUGCCCCACAGACAGGCCUGUAAAGGAUUUAAGUUCGACCCAGUCUCAAACCAGAAAAUUUAAAUUCCAAGGUGUCUCUCGGCAAAUUGCAAGGAAGAGAAGAAAACAGCCCUCUGCUGUUUGGCGACAACGACUUCUGUCUCUCCAGCAGCAGGUUGUAGCGCUACAGGCCGAUAAAAGAGCAGCGCAGCAGCUCACAACAGAGCAGAACCGCAGACAAGCUCAAGCACAAAUGCAACUAGACUCGCUUCUCCAGCAACUCAACGCAAGCAAGCAGCUUUCAAAGAAGCAGGCAUGUGAGCUGGCUGGUCUGGAGCAGCAGAAGGCAUCUCUGCAGAUGGAGCUGGAGCAGUGGAGACAAAUACGGCAGCAAACGACAGUUAACCCCACAGCUGUAGACGCUGAGCACCUGCAGGCCCAAGUCAAACAGCUUACACACCGACUGAAGAGCACCAGCAGCGAGAUGAGCAAACAUAGUGCUGCUAACAAGAGCCUGAGGGCACAGUUAGAUGAAAGAGAUCAGACAGUGAAGGAACUGCAUGAGAGGGUCAGCGUUUUAGAGAGAGAUGUAACAAUGAAAAGGCAGCUUUUGGAAGACGUCAGGAGCCGACUAAAGAUCUGCCAGGACUCUGUGAGGAAUCACAGAGCAGAGAACGAAGACCUGGAGAAGAAAAUAAAAUCCCUCUCUGAAGAGUCAACUAAUCGGAAAGGCCUGGUUGAUUCUUUGAAAAGACGACUGACAGUUGCCACCGAAGAAAGAAAACAGCAUAUGACCACCAGCCAAAAACUGAAAGAGGAGCUACAGAAACUCAAAGAGGAGCUACAGAAAAAGGAGCAGAAACUGACUUCCCUGCAAGCGCGGUUAGCAGAGUGUGAUCAGGCCAUGGCUGAGUUGGAGCAGGCCGCUUCUAAUCAGAUGCAUGGUUUGGUCCAGCAGAGCACUCAGACACUGGAAAUAAUGCAGAGUAAACUCACACUUACCGAGUCUCAGCUGCACCAACUCCGCAUAUUCACUGAGGCACUGGCUAAUGAAGUGGCACGGGAUGUGCAGGACACUAAAUCCCACUUGAGGCGGAAGCAGAAGAGUUUAAAUGAAGUAAACAGAGUGUCUAAAUGCUCACUAGUAAAAGCAGCAUCUAUACUCAACAUGACAGAGACUGACCUGGUGGACAUACUGGAAACUGAGGAGUGUGAGGAGGCGUGUGCAGGUCAUGGAGCAGACACAAAUUGGACUGAGCGUGUUCAACAAAUCCUACAGCAGCAGAUCCCUUCUGCAGGCCUGCUGAUGGACGCCAUGCUGGUGAAGAUGAAGGAAGGCAAAGUGCUGACAGAGGAACUGGCCGCACUACAAGCUGCAGUCAGCAAAAACGCCUGACCAGAGGAAAAAGACAGGGGGGAGCAGGAGUCUGUAAGAUGGAGUGUGUGCCCUGCUUGGCAGUAGAUGGCCCUUGUCUAUGCAGCACUCCACCCGUUUCACUGCUCCUACAUCCUUGUAGUCCUGUGCCUCGGAGAACAAACAGAUUUAUUCUUAGUCUAAAUAAUUCAAUGCAUUGAUUCGUUUCAAAAAAACAUUUGUUUGCACACCAAUAAAAUGAUGCAAGACUUGCAUUGCUUUA